AUAGACUCCUGCGAUCCUCUCAAGGGAAAGAGAAGCCCGUCUUCACACAUUCUCGGCUCUCUUCAUUUUCCCCUGUUUCUCAUUUUUUUCCAUUCGUCUCCAAUGGAUCCCGUUAACGUUUGGGGCAAUUCAUCCCUCAAAGACGUCGACGAGGAGAUCUUCGAUCUUAUUGAGAAGGAGAAACGCCGCCAAUGCCGAGGAAUCGAGCUGAUCGCGUCGGAGAACUUCACUUCCUUCGCUGUCAUCGAAGCUCUGGGCAGCCCGUUAACCAACAAGUACUCCGAGGGAAUGCCUGGGAACCGAUACUAUGGAGGGAACGAAUUCAUUGACGAGAUUGAGAAUCUCUGUCGCUCCCGAGCUCUUCAAGCCUUUCACCUCGAUCCCACCAAGUGGGGUGUGAAUGUCCAGCCGUACUCCGGCAGUCCGGCUAAUUUUGCUGCUUACACCGCGGUUCUGAACCCCCAUGACCGCAUCAUGGGUCUGGAUCUUCCCUCUGGUGGCCAUCUCACACAUGGGUACUACACCUCUGGAGGGAAGAAGAUCUCUGCUACUUCUAUCUACUUCGAGAGCUUGCCGUAUAAGGUCAGUUCAUCAACUGGGUACAUUGAUUACGAUAAGCUGGAGGAGAAGGCCAUGGAUUUUAGGCCCAAGUUGAUAAUUUGCGGUGGAAGCGCGUAUCCCAGAGACUGGGAUUACAAGAGAUUCAGAUCUAUUGCGGAUAAGUGUGGUGCGCUCUUACUCUGUGACAUGGCUCACAUCAGUGGUCUUGUUGCUGCCCAGGAAGCUGCUGAUCCCUUUGAGUACUGUGACAUUGUCACAACAACAACUCACAAGAGCCUGAGAGGGCCUAGGGCUGGAAUGAUCUUCUACAGGAAGGGUCCCAAGCCACCCAAGAAGGGCCAGCCCGAGGAUGCAGUGUAUGACUUUGAGGACAAGAUCAACUUUGCAGUCUUCCCAUCACUCCAGGGUGGUCCCCACAACCACCAGAUUGGUGCAUUGGCUGUUGCCUUGAAGCAGGCCAUGUCUCCAGGAUUCAAGGCUUAUGCUAAGCAGGUCAAGGCCAAUGCAGUUGCACUUGGAAACUACUUGAUGAAGAAGGGAUACAAGAUUGUCACUGAUGGCACUGAGAACCACCUUGUACUAUGGGACCUCAGACCCCUUGGUUUGACUGGAAACAAAGUUGAGAAGCUUUGUGACCUAUGCAACAUUACCCUGAACAAGAAUGCUGUUUUUGGGGACAGCAGUGCUCUGGCUCCUGGAGGUGUUCGAAUUGGUGCUCCGGCCAUGACAUCAAGAGGCUUGGUUGAGAAGGACUUUGAGCAGAUUGCAGAGUUCCUCCACCAGGCAGUGACUAUAACCUUGAACAUCCAGAAGGAGUAUGGGAAGCUUUUGAAGGACUUCAACAAGGGCCUAGUGAACAACAAGGAAAUUGAGAACCUCAAGGCUGCUGUGGAGAAGUUUUCAUCGUCCUUUGACAUGCCUGGCUUCAACAUGUCUGAGAUGAAGUAUAAGGAUUAAGUCACAUAGUCAUUACCUGAGCUUUUGUGCUUUGAAUCCCCUUAUAUCCUUCUUCCCCGGAAGAAAGUAACUCCAACCCUAUCCCUGGUUCCGAGUAUCUUAGGUCAUUGUUUCAGUCUACCUCCUUUUUCCAUUUUCUGUCUCUGGUUUUUAAUUCCAAUUUCUUUGUCUUUGGUUUUUAAAUGUAAAUCUGCAAGUUAUGAGAGCUUCAAUUCAACUCAAGAACUUAUGUAUACGGUGAAAUUUAUCUUAAUGCAGGCGUUAAUUCACUCUGGAAAUAAAGAAAUAGACUUCCAACUUCUGUGUUUCCUGUA